AUGGAUACUAUUGCUACAUCUGAAGGCUUCAUGGAUUUUCUUGAAGAACUGUUGAUUUUGAACUGUCUAUUUGAUUUUAUCGACGGCCUCAUAGAGAUCAUGGGAGACCCGGAUGACUUGAGGAGCUUAACGCUGAGAGGCUCUAGUUAUUCCGAGGCACCAGACCGUGGAAAUGAUGAAUAA